AUGACCCCUGAUUACAACACUACCCGAGACCUGUAUGCUCAAAUUGACGACCGUUUUGUUCAGAUCGACCCACUUGGAGCCUGGGGUGCACCGUGUCGAAAGAUGGACACCAUCGCCAAGGACAUCACCAUCACAUUUGGACCGAGUUCCGGUACACGGUUGAAUGUGACAAUCCCUAAGCGCUUCUUCAAUUUGGGUCCUUACCCCGGCAAGCCUGGAUUUUGCCAGGCUGUCUUCAGCAACCCAUUAGAACCGGUCAUAAAUGAUGACGGUCGAGGUGUGUGGGUCAUUGGUUCGCCCUUGCUCAAAAAUUACUACACGGCUUGGAAUGGUCUCGAUCUCAAGAUUGGCUUUGCCCAGACCUGUCAUUAG